GGAGGUGGAGCCGGGCCGGCAAGAUGGCGCCGUCCGCUCUGCUGCGGCCUCUCUCUCGGCUCCUGACCCCGGCCAGGCUCCCUGGCGGCUCUUCAGCGAGGUCCAAGUUCUACGUGCGGGAACCGCCGAAUGACAAGCCUGACUGGCUCAAAGUGGGGUUGACCUUGGGCACCAGCGCGUUCCUGUGGAUCUAUCUCUUCCAGCAACAUAAUGAAGAUGUUAUGGAGUAUAAAAGAAGAAAUGGAUUGGAGUAAAAGUUUGAAAUGCCAGUAAUACAGUGUAUGCAUAUGAUGGUUAACACUUCCUCUGGAUUAUUCCAUUGAAUUGUAAAUGUAAGAGAAAGAAUUAUACAUGAAUAAAUGUCAAAUCU